CUAAAGCAAAGAAGCUAAAAUGAAUAUAGCAAUAGCUAUAAUAGUGGCAAUGGUGGCACGAGCUCAAUCGCUUACUUGUUGGAAAUGCCUGGACGAAAAUUUGAAAUCAGGGGUUAAAAAUGCCUGUACCAAAUACAGCGUUCAACAGUGUCCGACCGGAAAAGACGUGUGCGCAUCUCUUGCCACGACCUUCUAUGAGGGUAACAGGUUCAGCUAUAAGAAAAGUUAUAAAUGUAUGAAGGCGGCAGAUGUGUCAUCAGAAUUGGAUAAAUGUAGGGGAUUAAAAUCUGAAUUUGAAAAUGCUUUGGACGAUUUGAAGGAUUAUGCCUGUGCAAUUGAAACAUGCAACUAUGGCUUGUGUAACGAACUUAUCGUACCAGGGACUUGGAGCAAGAACGCUGGUAAAUAUCUGAGCGGCUACAGCGCAGGAAACGCCAAAUAUGACAGUCUUCUGAAGGCUCAGAGCGAAUGUCUCAAACGAUCCGACUGUGGAGGUAUCACAUACGAGACCGCAUCCAAAAAGUUCACUCUGCGAAAAGGAAUCGACCUCAAGGACAGUUCCUCGGGUGAAAUUUCCUGGAUGGCUAUCUCAAGCGAUGAUGAAGUGACUUGGAGCAAGAACGCUGGUAAAUAUCUGAGCGGCUACAGCGCAGGAACAGCCAAAUAUGACAGUCUUCUGAAGGCUCAGAGCGAAUGUCUCAAACGAUCCGACUGUGGAGGUAUCACAUACGAGACCGCAUCCAAAAAGUUCACUCUGCGAAAAGGAAUCGACCUCAAGGACAGUUCCUCGGGUGAAAUUUCCUGGAUGGCUAUCUCAAGCGAUGAUGAAGUCGAGAAGCGGGUUUGAAGACGGUAGACCGCGAGUUGUAAGAUAAUGUUCAACACCAGCUGUUUCCUGCAGACGCUUACUGCGUUCUUCUUAUCAGCCGGGGCUUCAUACUCAACAAAUAUGUUGUUUAUUAUGGUCAGUUAUGGUAAAAAUCAGGUCAAAACCUGCAUCAUAGUAGAGGGCUGAAAAAAUUUUUGGGGGCUCUCAAAGGUCUUUAAAACCGAAAAAACUUCGGAGCCCUAAAAUUCAGACUGGGAAAAUCGCCAAUUUGGCCACGCCCAUUUUUGGUACCAAAAUGUCCAGGCAAAAUUU